CUAUUUUCAGUUCAGUUGAUAAAGUUGCAUCGUUCGGGUGUGCCAAUCAGCAGCCAAGUCUAAAGAUGUUCAAGCGGGGUUUUACGUUUUGUGUUGCUCUCGUCGGCCUGUGUCUAUGGUUGGAGAUCCGAGCUGAUACUGGCGGAUUGGAUGCUGAAAAGCUGAAGCUGCUGCCCAGGUAUUGUGGAUUUGCUAUAUACAAUAGAGUGACCAGAGGAAAUAGUACACAAUUGUUCGAGAAUCCUUGGAUAGCUCUGCUGCAGUAUGCUCACGAUGAUCAAAUCGAGCAUGGUUGCAGUGGAGCGUUGAUAAACAAUCGCUACGUGUUGACCGCCGCUCAUUGCUUGGUCAACCGAACCGAAUUUCAACUGCUUAACGUGCGUUUGGGCGAGUUUGACAAAAGUCAGUAUAGCGACUGUACUAACGUGGGAGAUGACAGUGAGAAAGACUGUGCUGAACCAGCAGACGAUUACGACAUUGAAUCAAUCGCUCUUCACCCGGACUAUGACGGGAAAACGUCCCAAAACGAUAUCGGAUUGAUUCGUUUGAAUCGAGACGUUACAAUGCAUGACAACACUAGCCCAAUCUGCCUGCCAACUGAAUCGACACUACGUUCGGCGGCCAUUCCAAAACUCAUCGCCAGAGGUUGGGGAACUUGUGGGAAUCAAACGGGCUCAAGCGCAUUGCAGGCUUCGGUUUUGACCCCAGUUGACGGCAUGGAAUGCAACCGGGCAAUACCUGGCGUGUCGGUAAGCGGAGAUCAAAUAUGCGCCACUCGAUUUACCGGUAUGGACGUCGGUGGACCUGUUGCAGCGGUGAUGCCCCACUCUCAUGGCGCGCCGAAAUUUGUCCAGCUUGGAAUAGCAUCCGGAGCAAUGGAGUUGUGUGAACGAGCGGAUGUUCCUGGAGUGUACACUCGGGUGGCAAGCUAUAUGGAAUGGAUUCUGGAAACUAUUCGUGCUUAGAAUGUGUGAUUAUUCAAAUAAUUCUGUAGUAGUUUUUUUUUUGAACACGAAUCUGGAGAAAUAAAAUAAUUGACGUAUUGAAAGUGA